AUGAGAGAAAUUAAUAUCACAAAUUCUAAACAAGAAUCAUAUAAGCAAUCAUCGGAUAAUAGUCAAAAAAGUUAUAUACAUGAAUUUGGAACAAGUAACGAUGAAUUCGAGAAAAUGAUUGCAAAUAUCGAUCAUCCAUCAUCUUUAGAUAAGACACAAGAGGAUGAUCCAAAUAAUGAAAGUUUUAUAGUUGAAGGUACUAUGGAUGGGGAUCGUUCCUGGGAAUGUACCUUUGAGGGGUGUGAUAAAUCAUUCAAAUUUCGAUGUCGACUUGAAAAGCAUAAGAUAACACAUUCUGAGGAGCGACCUUUUGUGUGUUCUGAAUCAGGAUGUGGGAAAUCAUAUAGACGUAUAGAUCAUUUACGUGUUCAUGCUGUAGCACAUGGUGAGGAUUCUAAACCUUUUAAAUGUUUGGUGGAUGGGUGUGAAUCGAAAUUUUCUCUUAAAAAUCAUUUAAUGAGACAUAAAAGGGAACAGCAUGAAGUUGAAAGACCCUUCAAGUGUAAUAUACGAGAUUGUAAUCAAUCUUUCACGCAAGAUUACCUUUUAAGAAGUCAUAUGACUAUACAUACGGGGAAAAGACCCUAUCCAUGUGAACAUCCCGAAUGCACGAAAAGCUUUUCCUCUUCUACCAAAUUGCGAGAUCAUGAGAGAAUACACUCCGGACAAAAAAGAUGGCGUUGCGCUUUCCAAGGUUGUACGCAAGAUUUUGUCAAAUAUGAUCAACUUUGUAAACAUUUGCGUCAAGAUCAUAAACCGAUAUGUGAAAUAUGUAAUCAAAAUGUUAAAGACUUUAAACAAUUGAGACUUCAUAUGAAAACUCAUGAUCCCGAUCGUUUAUUAUUUCCUUGUAGCUGGGAAGGUUGCGAUAAAUAUUUUUCCAGUAUCAAAUCACUAAGUAUUCACACCAAAGCAAUUCAUAAAAAUAUUCGUCCAUUUGUUUGUGAAAUUCCGUUUUGUGAGAUGUCAUUUGCUUAUAAAAAAGUUUUAACAAAUCAUAUUAAAACUAUUCAUGAGCAAUCACGCCAACGUAAGAUUCGUAAAUUAAAUGGUGAUACUAAUACAAACAGAUCAGUUACAGAUGUUGAACACCUUACUGGCUACGAUUAUGAAAGGGGCAGGAACAUAAAAUGUUUGAUUAAUUCUUGCAAAUACAUGUUUAAAAGAAACUAUGAUCUUGAGAGGCAUUUGAAAAGUUUUCAUAAAGAUUUAAUAGAGGAUCAAGAGACUGAAUACCAAGCAGUUGUCGAAAUUUAA